AUGGAAUCUUGGAGACCAAGAAGCCCGGAUACGAGUUCAAGCGAUGAAGAUCAAGUCAGAGAUGACGAUCAUGAUUCAGGUGCUACAACAGUGAAACGAAGCUACGAAUGCACAUUUUGCAAGAGGGGGUUUACCAACGCUCAAGCCUUGGGAGGUCACAUGAACAUCCACAGGAAAGACCGAGCCAAAGCGAAGCAACUCAUCUCAGGUACAUCAUCACUUAAUUCAAACCACUACUCGAAUGAGGAUCAAUACAUAUCCAUGAGUACUUCUCAUCAUCAUCAAUAUAGUAGUGCACCAAUUCCAAGCCAGGGGGCUUCUGGGUACUACCCAGUUUUGGAUCAGAUGAAUUACCAAAUGUAUUUUCAGCCAAAUGGGUCUAACCCUAGAAUCCCAUACGGUUAUGAUCAUGAUGAUUCAUCAGUUGGGUCAAGGUCACAGUCUUUGGGUAUGAACCAAGAACUUUGGGGUGCAAAUUUAAGCUUGCGGUUGGAGGAUGAUGAAUUCAGAAGGGGUGUGAGGAGUAAUGAUGAAGUGGAUUUGGAACUUCGACUUGGGAAUGGUCGGUUUAUAUAA